AUACACAUCUUCCAUCAUCGACCGCUGUAAAUCUUAAUCCCCAGCUUCCAUUUUCCAGUCACCAAGAAAGCUCAAACACCAGCGCAAAAUUGACCCUAUCAGGAGACCAUUCCACCGCGAGAACCAUCUUCUAGAAUGAACACGUGAGACUAAAAAAUUCAAAUUAGCAGAAUGGCUGGAAAAGACGAUGGAAAAGGAGGAAAGAAUAGGGGAUAGAUAAACAAGGGAGGAAGAAUAUAGAGAGACGGUAAUUCUCCAUCAUCGACCGCAAAAAUCAUCAUCGAUACAGCAACCACAUCAAGAACCUAUUCGAGUCGUUCCCUUUAAUCCCGAUCAGAAUAAGUUGUUGGUGCUUCUGGUGGUCAGAUCUGCCCCAAAGCCAAAUUUCAAGAUCGAGUUUCUAAAGUCCCGAAUCCCAAUCUCUUCGACAGGGACACGAGUCGAGAUCGUUUCCGCCCUCCUCUGGAAAUCGACCAUGGAGGCCUCCGAAAAGCUAACUAGGACCUAGAAGUCGUCCCUCCUCAUCCACCUAGUCAACCUCUGGCAGCAGGUCGAGCCGACACUCUCCGAAAUUUCCCUCGGAAACCUCCUCUAGAUCACGUCGUCGAAACAAGACUCGGAAACAGACCACCCAUCGAAGCCCUUAGAGCUUGAAGAAGAAAAGAUCCAACAGAGAAUAUGUAAAUAAUUAGAAAAGUGCUCAACCGUCACGCUCAGUUGCAGGUGGAGAGUGCUCGACCGCGGAGAUCAGAAGAGUGUCGGAGGAGGAGAACCAUGGAGCGGAAUCGUGGCGAGAGCGAUUGGCAACCGCACGGUUGGUGGGAUGGUGUAGUCGAGGUUGGCGACCGUCUAGUGGUGUCUCAACGAUCUAGGGCCUGUAGUGCAGCGACGGCUACGGGGAUAGGCGCGUCGCAGCGCCAACAAGCGGAGAUGAGGGACACAACUUUGGCUGUUUUGCCUGGUGAACACCCUGAUCAUGUUGUGGUCAUCAAGGUUCCAUGAGGCAGUACCAGUUGUGAAUGCACUGUCAAAAUAGAAGGCAAUGCUGGAGAAUAUCCUAAGCUUGUUUUGGUUUGCCUCCUAAGAAUAACAUGAUCUUGGAAUACAAGUGAAGGAAGGAAAAACAAGAGGAACAAAAAACUAUUUUGCUUUUCCUACUUAUACAUGAUAUGCAGCAUGAAAUUAUGAAGCAAAGUGCCAAGUGUUUGGAGUUAUGUUCGAGUAACGCCAGAGAAGGAGAUCUCUCUGAAUUGGUUUAUAGUUUCAUUGACGCUAUAAUUUAUUCUUCUCUUACAUUAUGGGAUUUUUGGUUGCUAUAUGUUUCACAAAUGUUACAUGAUUCAAUCUUUGUAUUAGUCUCCAUGACUAACCUUUUGAAGUAAAAAUAUUAUUUGUCUCUAUAUGUCAUUAUAUCUAUCUCAAUUUCAUAACAUUUUCUAAGACUUUAAGAAACAAAUAUUAUUUUUCUCUACAUGUCAUUGUAUCUGAGUCUGUUUCAUAACAUUUUUUAAAUCUUUUAAAAAGAAAUAUUAUUUGUCUUCAAAUGUUAUUGUAUUUGCAUCGUUUUCAUUAUAUUUAUAGAGACAAUAAAAAUUUCUAAAACCGAACUUUAAAUAUUCUUAUAUAAACAUUACUUAAAAAUAACUAAAAAAAUUAAACUUAUAUAAUAAAGUAAUAAACCGUAUUAGGGUUUUAGCGGGCACCACUCAUCCACCCCAAGGCGGCCGCCCCUCCUUUCUCAAUCACCUUCCCCCCUAUUAUCAAAACAAAAGCCCAAUCUGAGAAAGAAUUAAACAAAUCCAAACCCGUUUCUGAGUAAUCAAAAUUCCGACGAUCUUUGCCGAAUCAAGAAGAAGACCCAUCAGCGCCAGCACCUGUCGCUUCUCCUACGAUCCCUGCUUUGUCUUCUUCUUCUAGGUAUACUUUCUCGAGAUGCCAAGGAGUCGAGCAAGGUGACGAACUGUUCUCGUCUCUGAGUGGUGUUUUUUAGUUUCAAUUUUGAUAAUGCUUUUUUUUCUCGUUCUGUAACACUCUGGAUCUUCUGGGCAAGUUUAUAGAGAAUGGAAUUGGAAAGAACUCGUAAUUGCAUAAUAUAAUUAAAAUUUGAGGAGAAGAGGAGGAGAGAUUGGGGAAGAAGAUCAGAAGGAUGAAGUAGCCUGAGAACGAGAGGGAGAAAGCAGGAAGAAGAGUUGGGGAAAUUGAUUCUGUAAUUUCUUAAUCUUCCCUUUACAGCAACGUCCCUUUUAUAGGACAAACCAAAUUACAAAAACAUCUCAAACUAACACUUGCUUACAACUAAGUCCCAAUCGUUACAAUCCCCACUUCUUGAGAAAAGGCUUGUCCUCAAGCCUAAUGAAAGCAACAAAAACUAACAAGGGUAAAAAUGAACUCAGUCCUACAAACAUCGUGCUAAAAUACAAUGAACAACCAGAGGCGAGCACUAGAAGGAAACUUUCCAGCCACAACACUAAAUCUAAUGCAAAUUAAACGGCAACCUUGUAUUAGUGCAUGAUGAGAGCUACGCUGCUGCAAUUCUCUUCAUCAUCCAACCAAUAUACUUUUGAGUCACUCUGGAUAAGAGAACUACCUGCACACAGAACAGGUGCAAGAUAAUACAACAACUGAAAAUGAUACCCCAUGGGAGGAGCUCUUUUCAUAGCAACAUCCUUAGCAACUCUUGGCCAAAUAAGGGCUGCACAAUUCCUCUGUUUAGCUGCAUUUUGUUGCACUUCCCCUGGUGUAAGAGUAGGCUUUGAUGCUUCUAAACUGAUAUGCUUCAUAGACUCAUCAAUCUUGUACACAAACUCUGAAUGACCUGUUCUCUUUAUGUCCAAAUCAGUUUCUCCAACAGGGACAGUUCAUUUUCUUAAAUGAAUUGGCCAAGCACUC